AAAGGAUGAAUUUAGAGUUAGAAGCAGCUCUUGAGAGUGUUUUUCCAAGGAAGGGAUUUUUGUAUUGGAUGGAUCUUCCAAAAGAGGAAAAAAUGUUGCAGUUGCAAGAGCUGGCUGAAGUGGUGACGGGCGUUAGGGUUUUCAACAAGUAUGAAGGAAAAGGAGGUCAAGGUUUUCAGCUCCCAAAUGAGGUGUACGAGCAUGACGCCGUAGAGCUUGGAUGCGCAAUUCAAGACACUUUUGAAAUAGUCAAUACCAAAAUCCGUGCAUAUAGUUCUAGUGUCAUGAAGUAUUAUCAAGACAUGGGAGUUAAUCACAUUUUUAUCAAGCGCUUGCGAGAUGAAAUUUCGUACCAAUUUCAAGUCAGUGCUUAUUAUGACAUCUUGAGUCUUAAUGCCAACGUUGCCCUAUACCUGGAGCCUGUUCGUGAAUAUCUUUGUGAAAAGCAAGAGGCUGUUUUAAACCUUCUAGAGAAGAGUCAUGGACAUUUGGAUAGACUUUCGGAGAUCAUAGGAAGCUACGAGGUCAUUCCAAGUGACAUGGUAUUUCCUGAAUUGCGAGCAAUUGGAGCCAUUCAUAUUGCCAUCGCUCAGGAGUUUCGACACUUGCAAGCACGAAUCAAAGCAGCCACACCGCUUUUGAAAAUGGCUCAGAAUCCUUUCUAUAGAGAGUCUCCACAUACAGAGAAAAGACUUGAUAUCAAGCGGAAGAAUUUCCUUUUUCUCGCCUGCGAACCUCCUCAGGUGGAUUGUAAUAGAUAUUUGGGUGACCUCCGUAGACUGUCAUGGAAAAGUUCUUGGUACGAAGUGACUGAAGAUGACUGCAAAGCACAAUUUAUUCCACCGAAUGAGGUACGCGCUGUAAUGGAGAAGCAACCUCACAUUGAGUAUAACGGCUUCUGUCCUGUCUGUUUUUCUCGAACAAAUGGAAUUCUCUGGAAAGGAGAUCCUGACAUGGGCCUUGUACAAACUGUGGACAAGAAAUUGUAUUGCUUCGGAGAUGAAGACUCACAAAAAAGGUUCUUGAAGGCUCCCUGCAAGUACAUAGCAGAUGUGGCAAAGCUGGUGUUAGAAAUGCCGCAACACGUUCAUUUGAUGAACCUGGAAUACUCGCCUGCAUUUUAUUACCUCUCCAUCCCGAAGAUUUUGGAGACUGAGCUCGUGAACGAGAGCUUGCCUAAAGACUUUGGGAUACAAACAGAGGUUCAUCCAUGGAUGUGUCGAUGGGAUAGACAAGAGCUUGAACAAAGAAAACUGGAGUGGCAAAAAUUGAGGACCCAUUUUACUCAGACCGAUGUUAGCCAUUUCCGACGCGAGAAUAUCACCCAGACAUAUCCACCAAAGGACAUGUGGACGAAUACGGGAAUAUCAAGGUUCACCAACAUGCCUAGCCAAAUGAAGGAGUUACAUGACCUACGAGGCCAUCUCCAUAACAAGAUGCACAGCGUCAGGUCUACGUAUGAACAUACGUCGGUACAUAAUCCUUGGAAAGAGAAACCUCCCCCCAUUCACACUUUUCACUGAACCAAAGUGCUGAAAGAGGACUCGGAUUCAUCUUCUCAUCAUGAUUAUUAUUUACGAAAAAGCAUUAAAAGUUUUAAAAGUUUUGAUAUCUUCACUAAAAAGCCAAUUUCAGUGAUGAAGAUACACAAAGAUUUGUUGAGAAUGGAUUUACUACAUUAAUGCCCUGAAAAUAAUACAGUCGUUUUUGUUGUUGACGUCUU